UUGCAUCUGGUGCACUAUUGUUCCGUUUCAGUUCGAAAACUGAAACUGAGAAAUGAAUAAUAGCGUAGUCCUUAUUAUGGAGCCUGAUUGAGAACUAAAAGUCCGUUGCUUGGGGUAGUUGACUGCCCUGUUAAGUAGUAGAAAUUGAGAAUGGAACAAGUAAAUAGAAAUUUCCUCAAGGAUCAGCAGAAAAACCCUGAACAUAUAAAUUAUAAUUCUGUGGAGAGAAGGAAUGAGGGUGGUGUGGGAAAUCUAAACCAGAUGUAUAGUCAGGAUCCUUCCAACUAUAUGAAUAUGAGUGUAAGACCGGCUGAUGUUAAUUCAAGUGCUGGUGCAAGACCUGUUAUGAACUACUCCAUUCAGACUGGUGAGGAGUUUUCUCUUGAAUUUAUGUGGGAAAGGGUGAAUCCCAGGCAGCCAUAUAUUCCAAAUCCAUCUGUUGAGGCUAAUAGUGAAAGGAGACCUGUGGAUCUACAGAGCAUGCUUGGAGCAUCUCGUACUGGAGGUGCUGAGAGGGGGGCUGAUACUUCCUUGUUCCCCUCUAUCGAAAAGGGUGGAGUUCAAAAUCCUUCAAGCAAUCCUCCCAUAAGAGAAGAAAAACCUAUUGGCCAGCUGCCUCAAUCAGUGAGUAGAAACUCAUUGAAACAGUCGAGUUCUCAAAACUUCCGUAGUCAUUCUUCUUUGGGAUCAUCUAGUGGCUCAUCCAGGAGACUGAAGCUGCUUUGCAGUUUUGGGGGUACAAUUAUGCCUCGACCAAGUGAUAGAAAACUUAGAUAUGUUGGAGGCGAAACACGCAUUCUCCGGAUUGACAAGGAUAUUUCAUGGGAGGAACUUAAGCAAAAGGCAUCCGCGAUGUAUAAUGGACCUCAUUCUAUUAAGUAUCAACUUCCUGGUGAGGAUCUUGAUGCAUUGGUAUCAGUAUCCUCUGAUGAGGACCUACAAAACAUGAUGGAAGAAUGCAAGGCUUUUGGUGAUGGUGGAUCCCAGAAAUUAAGGAUUUUUCUCAUUUCAAACAAUGACUUGGAUGAUUCUCAGCUUGCUCUUGAAAGCACAGAAGGUGAAUCUGAGAUUCAAUACGUUGUUGCAGUAAAUGGUAUGGAUUUCGGUUCAAGAAGAAACUCAAUUAAUGUGGACUUGGGGAACAAUUUGGAUGAGUUACUGAAUUCAAGUGUUGUAAGAGAAACCGGACAAACUGGAGCCAGCUUGGCUACAGGAAGUACUGUACUUCCAGAGCGCGUUUCAUCUUUACCAGAUCCAUCUUCCCGAGUAGAGCUGCCAAGUUCAUCAUAUGCUUUUGAGGCUAAUUCAGUAGGUCACCACGUGCAUACUGUCAAGCCUGAACAGCAGCCUGAAUGGAAUUUGUCACGUGGUUUCCACCAAAUGAACAUCCUUCCUACUGCAGAAGAGAAAAUCAGAGUUCUACCCUCUGCCACAUUACAAUAUGAUUAUGGUUUUUCUACUUCAAAUCAUGCACCACUUGCGGAGAACACAGUCCAGAACCCUACCAUUGGGCAUAUGGGUCCUCAGAAGGCACUUAAUAUGGAAGAGCUCUAUGGAAGUUAUAAUACUAAGGCGCCAGGAGUACUAGGGACACAGAAAAACAUGGAUUAUAAAAGUGCUCUCCAGAAAAAAACUGAAUCUCAGAAAGAUCCAGAUGUCUCUCUGAUGGAAACACAGAUGAACAGAGGGAGUGCAAUCAGCAGAAGUAGUGACUUCACUAAAGUUCAGUCUCCUGAUGAUGGGAAGGCGGCGUCUUCAGCUGGAAUAUCUGAUCCUAGUGCAGCUGCAGACAACGGUACUUCAAUGAUGCUAACAAAAGGCAAUGAAGAGAACCAUGAAAACACAAAGAACUACAUGCCUUCAAAUACUGUGCAGUACUCAAAGAUGAACAGGCUUGAAAAUGAUGAUAAUGCUUACCCAUCUGCUGCAGUGCCUGGUCAUGGCGAACAUGAGGCAUUUACAAAAGACAUCAGCCACGAAUCAGAUGUUCUUCCUCAACGCAUCUUCCAUUCAGAAAGAAUACACAGGGAACUGUCAGGACCUAACCGGUUGUUCAAAUCUGAAGAUUCUUUGGAUCCACAACUCCUGGUGGCUCGACCAGAUGUGUCAGAUCAGAUCAUUGAAUCAGUUGAUAAGUUGACUGAUUGGAAUGUGACAGCCAAUUCAGGAACAGUUGGUGGGGUUGGAAACUCGUCAUUUGUGGAUCCUCUAGCUGUUGAGGGGAAAGUUAACGGAUCUCCAAAUUUGGCAGAUAAUGGCUGUGGCAUCAGUGCGACAGCUUCUUCCGUUUAUGAUAAUAAUGUACCAGAAAACAAGGCUGAGGUGAGUGCAGCAGUAUCUCCUAUUGGUGUUACUUCAACGACAACUCCCAUAACAAACCAAGGAACUUCUGAGUAUCCCCAAAAUGAAUCUGCUCAGACAUCAAUGGAAUUUCAUCAUAACAGGUUCGAUAAAAAUGCCAAUGACGAAAAAUUGCAGGAUUUGGGUAGGGGAGAUGUUUCUUCUGCGGCUACCCAAAGUAAUCCUCAUCUUGGUGCUGGAACUUCAGUGCAUGAAAGCAUCCUCAUCGACAUUAAUGAUCGGUUUCCACAUGAUUUUUUAUCUGAUAUAUUUUCUCAGGCUAGAAUAGCGGAAGGUUCUGCUGGCAUUUCAGCACUUCAUAACUAUGCUCCUGGUUUGAGUGUGAACGUGACUAAUCAUGAACCUCAACAUUGGUCAUUCUUCCAGAAUUUGGCACGAGACCAUCCUAGAAACGAUACUUCUCUUAUGGAUCAGGAUCAUCCAGCAUUCUCAUCUUCUCAAGCAACCACUGGAGAAGAAGCAUCUGGAAAUUAUGGUUAUUCGGGUCAAGUUACAGCAGAGAACGUAGAUUCCAUUAGAAAUCCUGAUGCUGAAAAUCAGAAGCAAUCAUCUGUCCCUGCAAAACCUGAUGCCAUAACUUUGCCUUUGCCUUCGGAUUAUGAUAUAUCUCAGGCUACUGGUGUUCAAUUUAAUCAACCAAUGAAUCCAAGUACAGCUGGGUCUAAUCUUGAGGAUGCGAAGCAAGCAACUCAGCCUUCAGGAUUCCCAGUCGUUGACCUCUCCCGUGGAGAGUUCGAUUCCAGUAGCCUGCAGAUUAUUCAAAACAGAGAUCUUGAAGAGUUGAGAGAAUUGGGUUCUGGAACUUAUGGGACCGUGUAUCAUGGUAAAUGGAGGGGAACAGAUGUUGCUAUUAAGAGGAUCAAGAAAUCCUGCUUCAUGGGCCGGUCAUCUGAGCAGGAAAGAUUGUCAUCUGAGUUCUGGCACGAAGCUAAAAUUCUGUCGAACCUUCACCAUCCAAACGUGGUGGCCUUUUAUGGCGUUGUGCAAGAUGGCCCUGGCGGGACACUGGCAACUGUCACAGAAUUCAUGGUCAAUGGGUCCCUGAGGCAUGCUUUGGUUUCCAAGGAGAGGCAUCUUGAUCGUCGCAAGCGGCUCAUCAUAGCAAUGGAUGCAGCUUUCGGAAUGGAAUAUUUGCACUCGAGGAACAUUGUGCACUUUGAUCUGAAAUGUGACAACCUGCUCGUCAACUUGAAGGAUUCAUCCCGACCCAUAUGCAAGGUCGGUGAUUUUGGUUUGUCGAAAAUCAAAAGAAAUACACUGGUCACCGGUGGUGUGCGUGGCACCCUUCCAUGGAUGGCUCCUGAGUUGUUAAACGGUAGCAGCAGCAAGGUUUCAGAAAAGGUCGACGUCUUCUCUUUCGGGAUCGUGCUUUGGGAAAUUCUCACGGGCGAGGAGCCCUACGCCAAUAUGCAUUAUGGAGCCAUCAUCGGUGGUAUAGUGAACAACACACUGCGGCCACCGGUGCCAAACUUCUGCGACGCAGAGUGGAGGCUGCUGAUGGAGCAGUGCUGGGCUCCGGAUCCGUUGGUCCGACCGACAUUCACAGAGAUCGCCAGACGCCUGCGCAUAAUGUCGGCAGCCUGCACCACCAAGACCCCAGCGUUUGCAGCUCAGAAACCAGUUGUCUAAGUGAUUUUUGUUUUUACAAGAGUUUUUCCAUCAAAUGGGGAUAUAAUACACAUGUUACAUUUAAUGUUUACCCAUGAUCAAAAAAAGAAAAUCGAGUUAUUUCACCCCAUAUUUUUCCUUGCAGAUAAUGUAAAAGAACAAUGUUUUAUAGUGUGUGUAAAAUAUUAAAUAAAAUUUACGGGUUCGUUA